GGGGCGCACGAGGCCAGCAGGGCGGGGACAGGGAGCUCACGUUGGCCCCACCCACUUGCGUCGACUAUAAAUUCCUUCUGCCCGGGGGUUGGGGCCGCCGCCUUUCCUGGAAAACUCGGAAUCGUCAAAGCUGCGGCAUCACCAUGUCCACCAAGUCGUCUAUGGUUCUUGGCUACUGGGAUAUUCGCGGGCUGGCGCACGCCAUCCGCCUGCUCCUGGAAUUCACGGAUUCUCGGUACGAGGAGAAACGGUACACGUGCGGGGAAGCUCCCGAUUAUGAUCGAAGCCAGUGGCUGGAUGUGAAAUUCAAGCUAGACCUGGAUUUUCCUAAUCUGCCCUACCUCGUGGAUGGCAAGAACAAGAUCACUCAGAGCAAUGCCAUCUUGCGCUACAUCGCUCGCAAACACAACAUGUGUGGUGAAACUGAAGAAGAGAAGAUUCGUGUGGAUAUCAUGGAGAACCAGAUAAUGGAUUUCCGUAUGCAGCUGGUGCGGGUGUGCUACAACGCCGACCACGAGAAAAUGAAGCCUCAGUACCUGGAACAGCUGCCUGGGCAACUGAAACAAUUCUCCUUGUUCCUGGGGAAAUUCUCAUGGUUUGCAGGAGAAAAGCUCACCUUCGUGGAUUUUCUCACCUACGACGUCUUGGAUCAGAACCGGAUGUUCGAGCCCAAGUGCCUGGAUGAAUUUCCCAACCUGAAGGCUUUCAUGUGCCGUUUUGAGAUGUGCCAUGCCAUCCGCCUGCUCCUGGAAUACACGGACACCAGCUAUAAUGAAAAGACAUACUCCACUGGGGACGCUCCUGACUAUGACCAAAGCCAGUGGCUGAGUGAGAAAUUCAAGCUGGGCCUGGACUUCCCCAAUCUGCCCUACCUGAUUGACGGCACUCACAGGCUCACCCAGAGCAAUGCCAUCCUGCGCUACCUCGGCCGCAAGCACAACCUGUGUGGGGAGACGGAAGAGGAGAAGAUUCGCGUGGACAUUUUGGAGAACCAGGUUAUGGACACCCGCAGGCAACUCAUCAUAGUGAGCUAUAGCCCCGACUUUGAGAAGCAGAAGCCCGAGUACCUGAAGAGCCUCCCAGACAAGCUGACAGUGUACUCACAGUUCCUGGGGAAGCGGUCCUGGUUUGCAGGGGACAAGAUCACCUUUGCCGAUUUCCUCGUCUAUGACAUCCUGGACCAGAACUGUUUAUUUGCUCCUGGUUGCCUGGAUGCAUUCCCAAACCUGAAGGAUUUCAUGGCUCGAUUUGAGGGCCUGCCGAAGAUCGCUGCCUACAUGAAGUCCAGCCGCUUCCUCCGAGUGCCUGUGUUUUUAAAAUCAGCCAAGUGGACAGGAAAGUAG